AUGGCCGAAGUUUGUGAUCUCAUGGAGCCUUACAAGUGGGAGAUCAAGGAAAAUUUGGCGAAGCAGGAAGACGAACGUCCAGGUCUUCUGAUGGUGAAAGUUUGUGAUCUCGUCCAAACAGCGGUAGUGAAACCACACCGGAAGGUGCUACUUCAUGAGAAAAAGGUAACACCAAAGUUAUUCGGGAGCCAGAACGUGUCGUGGUACCUCGACACGGGUGCCAGUAACCACAUGACGGGGUGCAAGGAGAAGUUCCUCGACCUGGAAUAUGAUGUUCAAGGCUCGGUCAAGUUUGGUGAUGGUUCAAAUGUGGAAAUUUGCGGGCAAGGUUCUGUCCUCUUCGAGGGUCUCACAGGAGAACAUCGCAUACUCACCGGAGUAUACUACAUCCCAAGGCUUCGCAACAACAUCAUCUCUGUCGGGAAACCUGACGAGAAUGGAUGCAAGGUGGAUAUUGAGAACGGAGUGAUGACGAUCUUCGACAACCUCUCAAACGUGCUAGCCCGUCACCGCAAGCCGUUCCCUGCCCAGUCUACCUAUCAUGCAAGUGAUGCACUCGAGCUGCUCCAUGGUGAUCUAUGUGGCCCUAUCACUCCAGCAACUCACGGAGGAAACAAGUAUUUCUUCCUAGAGGUAGAUGACUACUCGAGAUACAUGUGGGUCGUUCUCCUACGUUCUAAAGAUGAGGUGUUUGAAGCGUUCAAGAAGCUGAAGGCUGCAACGGAGAUGGAACACAAGCUGAAGGUUCGCACUCUAAGGACAGAUUGCGGCGGAGAGUUUACGUCGAACGAGUUCAACGACUACUGCGAGGAGAUUGGCAUAAAGAGGCUCCUCACGGCACGUUAUAUGCCACAACAGAACGGGGUUGUUGAAAGGCACAAUCGAAUCGUUGUUGAUAUGGCGAGAAGUUUACUCAAGAGCAAGAACCUUCCGGGGACUUUUUGGGGAGAAGCUAUCUCGACGGCGGUCUAUCUUCUCAACCGGGUUCCAACGAAGGCAGUGAUCGGCAAGACUCCUGAUCAUCAUGGUUCCGACACCAACGACGACGCGCAUGAGUCGCAAGGUGAUAGCGACAACGAUGCGCAAGACACAGGUAGAGUUCUCGGCAACGACAUCGACAACAAAGUGCAUAGUGAUGAUGACAAUCGAGAUGAUGGUCACGAUCACGACGACUACGCCGACGAUGCGGAUGCCAACGACCCGGCAUUUACCACGCCCGAGACUCAACCAUCUUCCUCAUGUGCAUCGACGCCGACACAAUUUGUUUCGCCUCCUUCACAAGCCACAACGGAUUCUUCCGGGCCUCGUCGCUACAAGACCCUCAAGAAAGUCUACAAGUACGCAAAGCCAGUUAUGCUCGAGUACUCCGGUUUGUGUUUACUCGGAGUUGAGGAGCCGGCGAACUUUGUAGAGGCGAGCAAAAGUUCAAGUUGGAUGCACGCCAUGGAUGAGGAGAUGAAGGCGAUCAAGAGCAAUGGCACGUGUACUUUGGUAACCCGACCUCCGAACCAAAAGGCCAUAGGUUUGAAGUGGGUUUACCAGUUGAAGAAGGACACGAAGGGUGCCAUUGUGAAGUACAAGGCAAGACUCGUUGCAAAGGGCUACGUACAACGUCAAGGAGUUGACUAUGAGGAGGUGUUUGCACCGGUUGCUCGAAUCGAGACGGUGAGAGUGCUCCUAGCUUUGGCAGCACAAGAGGAUUGGAAGGUUCAUCGUAUGGAUGUGAAACCUGCUUUCCUCAACGGCAACCUCAAAAAAGAAGUGUACGUGAAACAACCCCUCGGCUACGAGAAGAAAUGUGAAGAAGAGAAAGUUUACAAGCUCAGGAAGGCACUUUACGGGCUAAAGCAAGCGCCAAGAGCUUGGAACUCAAAGUUAAACCGAAAUUUGGUCACACUCGGGUUCAAAAGAUGUCCCCUCGAGAAUCCGAAAGACAGUCUACUAAGCACCGAAGAACAGGUAAAGAUUGAAGACACGAUCAAGAAGGAGCAUUGGCAUCAAGCUAUGGACGAGCCGACGACAAGUAAGACAAUCCCUGGAAUGCUGCAAGGAAUGGCGAAGGUAAUACCGAUGAUAACGCCUACGAGUAGCAGCAAUCACGUUUGGGACCCAGGUCGAGACGAGCAAGUCAUACUUAGGGGGGUGAAUGUUAGGAAUAAGCAUGAAAUAGUGUACAUAUCAUAUAUGUAUAUGUGUCCGUAUCCAUGUACUACUGCACUCCAGAACCGAGUAGGUUUAGCUAUAGGGUAG